UUUACAGCACUAGCAGCGUAGCACGAAGAAACUGAACAAGGAGAAUAAUACCCACGAACGCAACACAAUAGAAUACUAGAAGAUGGAUCACGAGGAGGAGGAAGAGCCACCUCUUGCUGUUCAGAUUCAAGGGAACAAUGAAUCCCUUUCUCAACAAUCUUCUGUUGGUGUCACCCUCAUCACUGGCUAUCUCGGUGCUGGCAAGUCCACCCUAGUAAAUCAUAUUUUGAAUUCGCAACACGGGAAGAGGAUAGCUGUUAUAUUGAAUGAGUUUGGUGAGGAAAUUGGUGUGGAAAGAGCAAUGAUAAAUGAAGGGGAUGGAGGUGCACUGGUUGAAGAAUGGGUUGAGCUUGCAAAUGGGUGCAUAUGUUGCACAGUCAAGCAUAGUUUGGUUCAAGCACUUGAGCAGCUCGUGCAGAGAAAAGAAAGGCUCGACCAUAUAUUGCUGGAAACCACUGGAUUGGCAAAUCCAGCACCUUUGGCAUCUGUUCUUUGGUUGGAUGAACAGUUGGAAUCAGAAGUGAAGCUUGAUUCUAUCGUCACUGUGGUGGAUGCAAAAAAUCUUCGCUUCCAGCUUAAUGAGCAUCGUGGCUCAUCUUCAUUUCCUGAAGCAUAUUUUCAGAUAGCAUUUGCGGACAUUUUAAUUCUUAACAAGGUUGAUUUGGUAUCUGCAGAGGGUUCUGGACUUCUGGAGGAACUUGAGGAAGAAAUACAUAGCAUUAACUCCCUUGCAGAGAUAAUUCAUUCUGUCCGAUGUCAAGUUGACUUAUCUAAGAUAUUGAACCGCCAAGCUUACAAUACUGCACAUGCGAAACAUUUAGAGACAAUGUUAGAAGAAAGCCGUUCUUUGUCUACCAAAAAGCUUCAUGAUAGUGGUGUGAGAACCAUAUGCAUUUCUGAGACUCAGACAGUUGAUCUUGAAAAGACUCGGAUAUGGCUUGAGGAGAUUCUCUGGGAGAAGAAAUAUGAUAUGGACGUAUACCGUUGCAAAGGAGUGUUAAGUGUUCAAAAUUCAGAUCAACUGCAUACAUUGCAGGCAGUGAGGGAACUUUAUGAGAUUGUUCCGGCUCGCACAUGGGAAAAGGAAGAGAACCGCAUAAAUAAGAUAGUCUUUAUAGGUCAUAAUCUGAAAGAAGAUGUUCUAACUAAUUCCUUUAGAGCUAGUGCAACAUGUUAAGCUGUAUUUGUUCCCAUUGUGUGGGUAAUAGCUCAACAAUCAAUGAUUUGCUGAAUAUUUUGAGUUGAACCAAAUCACAAUGUGUUAAAACCUUAGGUGUUUUCUAAAUCCUAGGUCAAGUUCUGAAGUGCCAUUUUGAUUUCAUCUCAUAGAUUUUUGUUUUCUAAUAUUGUUAGAGAUGCAAUCAGAUAAAGAGAAUGAGAGAAUAAAAUUUUGUAUUGUAACUGUGACUGGGAAGUAAAUGUCAGAGAUUUUUAUCUUGCAUAAAACAAUGGGAUUGAAACUGGUUUAGUGAGGAUUUUAUCUAACAAUGAGACUUCAAAGUCUUUCAUUAUGGAAAAAUAAAGCAACUUCAUUACCAACACAUAGGCCUCC